AUGGAUGAUUUGCUGAGUGAUCGAUUGAGACAACGAUACCCUGUGGAUCAAGUGAUUGAUCUGAUAAAGAGUCAUCAGGAUGAACUUUCCCUUGACAAAUUGAUCGAAAGUUUGGAAUCUAUCAAUGACAUCAAUAAAUAUUAUUUGAAACUUGUGUUGAAAGGAUUAAUUGAUAAGAAUGUGUUGCAAGAUAAGGAUGAGGAGGGUAUAUUUAGUGAGUGGAUCUAUGAUAAAUAUAUUGAGCUUUUAAAUGUCAAUUUUGAUGGGAUUAAAGAUAAUGACGAUAUAAUAAUGUAUCGAUUUAAUUCCGCCAUUAAAGUUCUGAUUCGAGAGAAACCGUAUUUAAUUAGUGCUAUGAAUACUACUGGGUUUCGUACAUGGGCAGCCUCAGUGUAUUUAAGUAAGUAUCUUGUGGAUCACGAAGAUGCGUUAAUAAAUGAUGAUGAUAACAUCUUGGAAUUAGGUGCUGGUACAGGGUUAGUGAGUUUAACCAUUGCCUCGAUGGAUAAGAUGAAGGAUAACAAGUUGAGACGUAUGUAUGUGACUGAUGGAGAUUCCGAAUUGGUGAGUGGACAAAUGCAAGAUAAUUUCCAGAUGAAUGAAGUCAAUGUGGACAACCAUAUCAAAUUACAAAAAUUAUGGUGGAAUAGCCCGGACCAACCCAUUCCUGAGAGAGUCAAUGUAGUCAUUGGAGCAGAUGUAACGUACGAUAGCACAUGCUUUACAGAUCUAUGUUCAUGUUUAAGACAAUGUCUGCUAGAGAGUGAGUGUUACAAGUGUCUCAUUGCGUCGACUAUUCGUAACGUUAAAACAGAUAAAUUGUUUCAAAGCACAGUGGAACACUUUGGCAUGCGAUGGAAGAUUAUCACUAGUACUGAGCGAGAACCAUCCACCAAAGACGUCUUAAUGGAUGAAGUGCUCUUCCGACCCUUGCUGGGUCCCAUAUGUAUCUACGAGAUAACAAUCUAA